AUGGAGGUAUAUGUAGAUGAUAUGAUCAUCAAGUUGGCUAAGGUUGAGGAUCAUGCUAGAGAUCUAAGAGAAGCAUUCAACAUCUUAGAGAAAUACCAGCUUAAGUUAAACCCUGACAAGUGCGCUUUUAGUGUCAAGGUUAGGAAAUUCUUAGGAUUCCUGAUUUCACAGAGAGGGAUAAAGACCAAUCCUGAGAAAAUUAAUGUAAUAAUAAAGAUGAGACCACCAAGCAGCAUUAAUAAAGUGCAUAAGUUGAAUGAGAAAAAGGAAACCAUCACAUAUGUCCUUGUUAAGGAAGAUGAUGGAGAGCAGAAACCCAUAUACUAUACAAGAAAGAUUAGAUCAAAAUGGAACGGUUCCUUCGAAGUAAUAAUGGUUUUCAAUCAUGGUGCCGUCGAAUUACGUAACAUUAAGACCCAAGAACGAUUUAAAGUUAAUGGUCAUCGCUUAAAGCCAUAUUAUGAAGGAAUGACCUAUGGACAUGAAGUGGAGUGCAUGGAAGCACCACCAAAUUGA